AUGUCCUUCCAUCUCCACUAUGUUUUUAGCAUUGCGCUGAUGAUUUCAUGUACUGGAGGCAAGAUCAUCGACUUAUCCCACAAACAUGGCCCAAAAACGCUCACGUCACUGUAUGGAAGUCCGGGUUACAACCUGACAACACUGCAGAAAGGGACCUCAGCUCUUGGCAUUUACAUUGAGAUGAACUAUUACGGGAGCAGUGAACAUGGUGGAACCCACAUAGACGCACCCAGUCACUUUGUUGAAGGUGGAAUGAAACUAGACGAGAUUCCAAUUGAAUAUACCAUACUUGAGGGUGUUGUUAUUGACAUCAGCAAGGAGGCCGCUGCCAACAAUGCAUAUGCCGUCAAUGUGCAGAGACUCAAAGACUGGGAGAAAGUAAACGGGGAAAUCCCUAGGAAUUCCGCCGUGUUGUUCUACUUUGGCUGGUACCAGAAGUUCGACAACGAGAAAGCUUACAGAGGAACAAGUGACUUAAACAAUAUUGAAACAUAUAUCUAUCCAUACGUCACACUCGAGGCUGCAAAAUGGCUGCUGGAUGAACGUGACGUCCGUGCUUAUGGCUCGGAUACAAUCACUUUGGACCCCUUCCAGAUAAACAAGAAAUUCUCAGGGUUUCCCAUACACGUGUUGUUACUUCCGCAUAAUCGAAUCAUCAUCGAGAAUCUGCGUGAUUUAGACAGACUUCCACCCAGAGGUUUCAGAUUCCAUUGUUCCCCAGUCAAAUAUGUUGGUGCUAGUGGGACUCAGGUAAGAGCUUAUGCGAUGACCUAUGAUGGAGAAGGGAAUGGUGCAGGUCUGACAGAAGUGUCCUCGUUUGUAAUAGUUCUGUUUGCAGCACUUUUGACAUAUCCCUGGUAA